AUGAGUCUUGUAGGCCAAGCUAAAGCAUCAGGUGCAACAGUCUCACGAUCGAUAAAGAGAACUUAUAUGUCGGUGGGGCCUAAUUUUCCCGAAUUGAUCUUAUCUGGCAUACAACCAACUAAUAUUCCGCAUAUCGGAAAUUUUCUUGGCGUUAUCUCGAAAUGGGUUUCCCUCCAGCGAACCACACAUGAUUCUGUAAAAUUAUUAUAUCCUAUUGUUGAUUUACAUGCUCUGACUAUUCCACGGGACCCAGAACAUUUGAAAAAAAGUAAGUUAGAAACAGCAAUUAUAUUAUUAGCAUGUGGAAUCGAUCCGGCGAGAAGUUUUAUAUUCGAGCAGUCAAAGAUACCAGCUCAUACUGAAGUAGCAUGGUUUCUUAAUUGUAUCACACCAAUGAGUUGGUUAUCGCGAAUGACCCAAUGGAAGGCAAAAAUUAAAUUGAAUAAAAAUAUCCAAUCUAUCGAUGAUGAAGUGCUUUCAUCUUCAGGUCUAUGUUUGGGAUUAUUUUCUUAUCCUGUAUUACAAGCUGCUGACAUUCUGCUUUACAAAGCAACACAUGUACCAAUUGGUGAAGAUCAAGUCCAACAUUUAGAAUUAACAAGAGACAUCGCUGUAACAUUUAACAAGAUGUUUCAUCAAAAUGUAUUUCCUUUACCAUUAUCAAUUAUGAGUGACCGAAUCAUGUCACUUUAUGAUCCUUCAAAAAAAAUGUCUAAAUCUGAUCCAUCAAACACUCGGAUAAAUCUAGACGAUUCACCAGCAAUAAUCGCUGAAAAAAUCAAAAAAUCAACAUCAGAUUCUUUAAAAUGCAUCACUUAUGACCCAAUAACAAGACCGGCCAUAGCAAAUCUAAUCACUAUCUAUGCAGCUAUGCAAGAAAUAACUGUUGAUCAAGCCAUAGUUGAGCAUAGUAAAAGUGAUAUCAAGACAUUUAAGGAUGCAUUAACACAAGUAAUAAUAGAGAAAUUGUCACCAAUUCAAGAGGAAAUUCAAAGAUUGAGAUUCGAGCAAGGUUAUGUGCAACAAGUAUUGAAAGGUGGUGCUGAAAAAGCUUCCAUAAUAGCUGAAAAGAAUUUAGAUGAAAUUCGUAAAGUCAUAGGAUUAAAGUAA